CGUCGACUCGCACACAGGCAGACAGACAGACAGACACAGCGCAGCGCUCGAAAAAUCUACUCUCGGGUUAUCGAGUAUAUGCCGCGCGGCAGUGUGCGACAGGCGCAGGCUCCGCGCGCUUCGAUCCUUACAACUCUACUUCCUCAUCGUCGUCGGCAUCCGUUGUGAGCAGCGGAGAUCGUUGCGAAUCGGUCGCAGUCGGCUCUCUCUCUCUCUCUCUCUACUAUUGUGCGCGAUCGCGACAUUCCACUCGGAGCCGAGUACGCGAGUCCAUCGUGCCGCGGUGCAGAUAACGCCAGCAGUGUAAACAGUGUGUGAGAACGUGCGGGAGUGUGUGCACGAGGCAGGCGGCUUAUCGAUUGCUUUUAGGCCUGAGUCGAUCGAUCGCGCAGCGUCUCCAAUACUCCUGUCGAUUCGUUUCGCGCCAUGUGCCGCCGUCGCUGCUGCUGCUGCUGGACGACCGAGCGAUGGCGUUGAAGGCAGCUCCGGACGCAAUGUUCCAGCGGCGCUUUCCCCUGACUGACUCAAUCUCAGCAAUUCGAGCGAUGUAGUGUAGGAAUCAAUUGCAAGUGAGCAAAAGAAAAAAAAAUCAGCGAUGAUGAGUCCCUCGUCGACCUUGGCGAACCGAAGCUUCCUGUACGGCGGCGGCGGCGGUGGCGGCGGCAAGCCGAUCGGCAUCGAUAAUCGCCAGCAAGCGACGUCCAGCGCAAAUGGGACGUCGGCGGCGUCUUGCCUCAUCGGUGACAAAAUCGUUUACGCGACGCUGGACAGCCUGGCCUUGAGUCGCAAGCCUCUGCCGUUGUCGCCCGUCGAAAUCGCCGAGGACGACGAGUCGGAGAAGAGGAGCAGCGGAAAUGGAAGGAGAGAGCAGCAGCCGAGAGCUUCGCCCAUCGUCAAGGCGAAGCUGCUGCCGGAGGUGCCGCCGAAGCCGCACCUGCAGCCGGCCUUCGAGAACGAGAGCGACAGCGGCAGCAGCGGCUACAACAAGAGCAGCUCCAGCAGCAACAGCAUCUACGGGAGCUACGUCAGGCCCAAGUACAGCCACCCCUCGCUCAGACCCAAGCCCCAGAAGGACGGCAAGCCCGGCGAGAAGAAGGAGCGCAGGGAGUUCAGCUUCGCCAAGAACGUCCUGCACUACGUGCCCAUGACCAGCCGGCGCUACUACCGCAAGUCCCGCAAGUCCCUCAGCAGCGCUGUCAGCAACGACGAGCGGACCCUCAAGAACCGGAGCCUCUCGCGGGACGAGCUCAAGUACGUGACGAUCUCGCAGCCGAGCAACUUUGUCCACGUCGCCUCGGCCACGAGGAAGAGCCUCAUGGCCGAGAUCGGCGGCAACGAGAGCUUCCUCUCGAGGCGGCUCCCGGUGAGGGGCGAACUCACCACCGACCUCGACUACGACGACGUGGGACCGCCCGCGGAAUCCCAGGACACCAGCAGCGAGAGCAAAAACGUCCAAGAGGUCGAUGCGGAGCAGGACGCCUACGACGACGUGGGUCCGCCUGCCCCGAACUCCCCGGGAAAAGAGGAGGAAGAAAAGCCGGCCGACGAGCAACGGCUCUACGACGACGUGAUGCCGCCGCAACGGAGCAGCAGCUACGAGCAGCUAGCAGAGGAGGAUCAGCCCGACGAGGACGUCUACGACGACGUGGGCCUGCCCAUGCAGAGCUCGAGUCGGGAGUCCCACGAGCGGGUGAACAGCUUGUACGCCGGCUCGAGCCUCGCCGAGAGCAUCCGGAUGGCCUGCAGCCACUGCUACGAGAAGGAGAGCGAGUGGGAGGACGAGGACGCCGAGCUCUACGGACUCGAGUCCGGCCAGAAGAUCGGCGGCGAGCACCUGCACUCCAGCAGCGUCUUCCCCAGCAAGAAGAAGCUUUCGGUCCAGCGAUCCCGGAAGCUCCGUCGCCAGCGCAGCAAAGCUUCCCGCAAAAGCUCCGGCCGCUCGGUCAGUCGAACCAGGGCCAAAUCGAGCGAGAACGUCUACGACUCGUCGGACGACAGCAACUACGAGAGCCUCCAGACCUACGAGCCCGACGACUUCAGCAGCGACUCGGACAGCGAGACGAGGACGGCCGCGAUUCCGAAUCCGACGCUCCAGGAGCCGCCCAGCCGUCCCAUCCCACCGCCGCCCCGAGAGGCCAGUCUCCUCGGGCACACUCUGGGCCGGCGCAUGAAGAUGCUGCGACGCUCCUGGAUCAUCACCAAGGGCAGCCUGGGUCGCAUCCGGCGGAGGGCCUCGGGCGACGGCGAGCCCAGCACCGCUGCUGCUGCCGCUGCCGAUAACAGCAAGUACUUCUGCAGCUUCAAGAAGCACUUCGGAAAGAGCUCCGCCAGCGGCCUGUCCACGUUUUAUCUGGACAAGGGCUCGGGCAGCGGCGGGGACAAGGAGAGCGAGAACGAGAAGAGCAAGGAGGAGCGGAUUUACACAAACGGCAACUGGUACAGGGAGGUUGGCCUCUACAGGCAGGAGCCCGAGCCGACGAAAGUGGAGGAGCAGGCCGCCAUAGAUCACUACAGCGUCCUGGCCGAGGAGCCGCUCUACCAGUUCUACGCGUUGGACGCGACGCGAGUCGCCUUCGAGUCGGACUCUGACGGCUACGAGGAGGUCGAGGAGCUGGCUCCAUCAUCGGCGACGACGGACCUGGCCAAGCCCGGCCACCGAACGCUCUGGUGCCAGACGCCACAGGUCAUAAACAGCGGACUAUUGCAGAGCCUGUCGACGGAGGAGCGCAAGAUCCAGGAGGCCAAGUUCGAGAUCCUCACCUCCGAGGCGUCCUACCUCAACUCCUUGAGGGUCCUCGAGAACGAGUUCGCGAGCAACCAGGAGCUGGUCCAGGAGAUCCUGACGUCGGCCGAGCGGGACAAGAUCUUCGGUAUGGUCCCCGAGGUCCUCGUCGCCUCGGAGCGCUUCCUCGCCGAGCUGGAGGGCAUCUGGCGGAAGGACCCCAUGCUCCUCGAGCUUCCCGACCUCCUGCUCAAACACGCCGACAAGAGCUGCCAGGUCUACGUGGACUACUGCUCGAACCAAGUCAGCAUCGACACGAGCCUCAAGGAGCUCAGAGCGAAGAAGGGCUACAAGUUCCUGGAGACGGUCUCGCGCAUCGAGACGCGACCCGCCUGCCAGAGUCUCUCGCUCCACUCGUUCCUCAUGCUGCCCAUGCAACGAAUCACCAGGCUACCCCUGCUGGCCGACGCCGUCCUCUCGAAGCUCAGCGUGGAGCACGGCGAGCGGCUCAGCUGGCAGAGAGUCCUGAGCGCGCUCGGCGACGUCGUCGGCAAGUGCAACGAGGGCGCGAGACUCGCCGAGCGCCGCAACGAGAUGGACGCGCUGGCCAGGAAAUUGGAGUACUCCCCGAAAGUGGCGCCGAUAACGCUGCACGACCGCGAGCUCAUACGCAGCGGGACGGUCGUUCAGCUGUCCAGCAAGCACGACACCGAGUACAAGCUGACCUUCGGCAAGAAGUUCCAGAAGACGCCGCUGAUGCUCCUGCUGCUCACCGAUUACCUUCUAGUCACAAAGCUCAAAUCGAACUCGAACGAAGAGACCUUCAGCGUGAUAGAGACGUGCAAGCGCAGCAUGCUGGCCAUCGAGUCCGCUCCGGAGGACUCCCCCUUCGCGGGCAGACACGCGAUGCUCUUGACGCUGCUGGAGAAUCACGCAGGUCGACAGGUGGAGUACGUGCUGACCUGCGAGAACGACACGGAGAAGGAGAGGUGGCUCGACGCGGUUUCGCCGCCGAAACCGAGCUGCCUCGGCGAGACCCUCUACGAGUCCUGGGACUGUCCGCAGGUCAUGGCUCUGCACUCGUACGCGCCAGUGCAGCCCGACGAGCUGACGUUGCAGCCAGGCGACGUCAUAAACGUCCUGCGCAAGAUGAACGACGGCUGGCUGUUCGGCGAGAAGCUGCUGGACGGGGAGCAGGGCUGGUUUCCUGGCAACUUUACCAAGGAAGUCGCCUCCGAGCACGUGCGAGCGCGAAAUCUCCGGCAGAGGCACAGGUUCUUGGCGCUCAGCGGCAGCGUGCUUCAGCGAAGAGCCAAGCAGUCGCUCUCCCUGCUUUAGUCUUAUAUGUACCCGUAUACGUGACGCAGGUGCACCUUAUUUUGAGACUGGAUACGCGACGAUUUCCUUGUACAUAAUUACACGUGUUUACGUUGAUGUUUAAGACAGUGUGUCGUGUAAAUAUUUAAUUUAUGUACCUACGUAUGAUUAUUAGGAAUAAACUGCGCAAGACAUUUUUCGUAACAAAA